UUUGCAUAAUUUGCACAUAACAUCACAUGCUCGGUUUGAACGGUUCAAAGUCAAAUUUUUCCCGGAAUACGAGCUCUCGAAAAUCAUGGAUGACUAUCAAAGCAUCGCUUCGAAAGGACAACGUCUUGCCUUUGCUCAUAUUCUCGUUGGGUUUGCCCUGAUCGUUGCCGGCAUUCUGGACAGAUUACAGCUGGAGUCUUAUUUUGGUUAUUCAUGUUUUGGGAUUUGGGUCGGCAUUUGGGUAAGAUGGAAUGUGGCAAUGCAGUAUUUUAGUGAAUGUUGCACUAAAGUCAUCGCGAGAGUAUUCCGGGCGUUAAGAUAGAAUUAGAACAUUUUGAAAGUCGCUGAAAGAUGUAGCUUCGGAGACUUUAUUCGAUAGAUUGCCUAAUGUCUCACUCGCUCGAAUCGUCCAUACAAGUUGGUAUUUGAUAAGUUGUUUCCCAUUACCCAAGAUAACGCGAUUAAAACAAGCACUCAAAAUAAACUGAACAACUAUUUCCAACUAAUGUCCCUUUUCUUUCAAUCGAAGUUUGAAGGCAAUUUACAUUUAUUAUGACUCUUUUCUGUGCAACCGGAAGUCAUUUGACCUUUGACCAAGUAUGCGUGAAAAAGCAAGCAUCGACACGAACUGCCUUACACGUACAUAAUCGUGUUUAUACAAAAAUAAAUCUGCAGUUAAAUAAAUCGCUUGUACGCGUUUCAUGUUGCAGAAGCUCUACUAGAUGAAAUCAUCAAGUUAAUUUUAUUUUAUUCGAUUGACUCAUACUCAUUUAUAAUUUAUAUUUACGUUAGGUCGCUAAAUUUCCGUUUAAAAAGAAAAAAAAACAAAGCGUGAGUAUUUAAGAAGAGUCGCAAAAGUCUAACUUUGUGCUCUACUGCUCAUAUGACUUAUUACGCAACACUGAAUGUUAAGGCCUCUUCUACACUUAUGAGUAGCUCGAUUCUCAAACGUUGGCUCGCUCGACGAGGAGGGAAUGGGAUAAACCGAUAUUAUCAUCAUUUUUAAAAAUGCCAUUAUGCUAAUCUAAAGCUUCUAUCGUAGAUGUGUAUCACAGGAGGCCUCGGCAUCUCUGCUACUAAGAUGUUCAGAACGUCAACAACCAACAUUUAUGUAAGUACAUGUACAUCUAAGAUUUUGUAUAGCGCAAUUCCGACAACCGCUUGGGAACUUGCUAUUUUAAAAGCAAGUUCUCGAAACGUUUGAGCUGGCUGAUUGGCCAGCUUGGAGUUGAACAUUGCUAGGUAAUAUUCACUUCCGAGUUGCCAAACGCACGUCAAGAGUUUAGUUUCCGAUCAUUUUUCGGUACAAGGACUGAAAUAAGCUGUAUUUUUUCUUGUUCAGUAAAAACAAUUAUUAAUCUCAGAGUUGGAUGGAAAUUUACCUCCGAUUCGGUGAUUCGAUAUCAUUCAAUAUUGUACUGUGAAUACAUAAACAAUGCUGCUACUACUUAAAAGACUGCGAGCGUAUACCAGGCAUUGUUAUAUUCUGGAGUCUGUGUAUUACAAUGCUAAAACAAAUUACGCUAUCUAUCAUUUCACUAACAAUUGUAAAAAAUAAUUCAAAUCCUCUUUGUUAUUCGUCGUCAAGAUUUUGAAUAAUUCAAUCGUUAAAUGUCGAGUAUUGACUAGAGACAGACCAAGAGAGAACCUUUCAUUUUAUCUCCUUAAGGCGGCUCUGUUUAUGGCAUUUUCCAUAGUAUCGUCCGUUAGUGGCCUACUUAUCAGCUCCUUAUAUGGAGCAACAGAAUUGAGAGCUUUCAGUAUAACCAUGGUAAUCCUUGGUGCUCUUGAGUUUGGCAUUGGAAUUGCAGCGUCUGUGUGCUGCUGCUUGAUGAAGCCUUGUACAUGCUGUUGUUGUGUCUCCCCAGAUGAGGUAUUGUUUGUAAAAUAAUUCAAAGAAACGUUUAAUUUGCUCCCCUAACCACCCACCUCUCUACCCUUCUACUUACCCACCUUCAUCUUACCUACCCACCUUCGUUGCUUACCCACGUGCUUAACUUCUUGUCUAUUUUCAUAUCCAGCCACUAAGUAACCCACCUGGUUAUCUGUUGACUUACUUGCCUAUCUAACUACCCAUCGACUACCUCCUUUCCUGCCUCAAAACCUAUUCAAAAAUUUAUCGGAAAGAUCUUUGUAAACAAACACCUCUAUUUUGUGCGAAAAUAUGUUCAGAUAUUUGUGCGCGGAUAUCAUCUGUUGCAAGAUGCGAACAGUUUCUGAGAACGGAUCUGCAGGAAAACUAAGAGCUUCCAAGAACAAACAAUGUCCAAGGACAAAUAUCAGUUCAUAUUUUCAAACAAAAUAGAGGCUAUUGUGUUCAUUAUCCUUCAAAGAUUUUGCAACGCCCGGGAAAAAAUGCUUACGAACAGCUUACCGUAUGCAGCGUGGGUUGUUUUCUUUUGAGUGAUUUCCGGUACGACUUAUGGAAAAAAAAUUCCAUUUUUCUGUAACAUCCACAAAACCCUAUACAAUCUUGAAUAAAAUUUGAAACUAAUACUUAUCAUAAUAGAAAUUAUGUUUAAAAAUUGGGGACUAUCACUUGGGUGAUGCUCUCAGAUAUCACCUAGUUUUAGCUUGAGUAUCUUCGGUCUGGCGUUGCGUUUAGAUCAAUCGCGGGCGAACAAAAAUGUUUGAUGGAUCGUAAUUACAUAUACACACACCCUUUAUAGUCCUAUUACAUAAAAAAUGUACCUUCCUAACCUAUCCCACCCACAUAUUUACCAAUAUACAUAUUUACAGAGCACUAUCUCCUUUUCAAUGUCAUAAUUUCCUUUCUUUUGUCUCUUCUCAUCUAAAAUUUUUAGAGACGACCUUUAGUGUAUCCACCACGUGUUCAGCCCAUAUUGGUUGACAGGCAAACUAACUAUGUUGCCGUCGUAGUCCCUCCGUGAAAAAAUCGCACUCAAGGAAUGUGAAACUACGUGAAUCUCAAGAUCAUCAAUCCAAAUGUUUCAAUAAUUUUUUUUUUUUCAUCAUUUGUGAGUUGACUACUUGAGAGACUAAAAAGAAACCUAAUAAAAAAGUGAUAUCGCAUUUUAAUAAACAGGCGUGGAUUCGUUUCGUAGCUUAAUUCAUAAUGACAAAG